AUGCCAGCUCUUUCCAGUAUUGCAGAGUCGUUGUCUGAAAGAGAGGAGGAUUUCUACGAAGUACUCCCAAUUGGCAGUGACGAUGAUGGAAAAAGGAUACAGGCUGAUGAAGUGGAUGAGAAUGAUGUAAACAGUUUGCAGAAUUCAAUCAUUGACUGGACAGAAGAUGAAACAUGGACCCCAUCUAAAGACACAGAAGAAGUUUCUACCUCAGAGGAGGAAACAAGAAAGGAAGACAGUGAGUCUGACGACAGUGACACGGACUACAUACCAACAAUACGAAUCAGGCCUACGUUGCCAGCACUUCGGCCUCUCGGGGCACGCCGACCCCGACCACGGCCCCUGGACGUAGACGGACGGGCUCGCUUAGGUGCUCUGCUCGUCGGGGUGAAAGGGGGUGAAUCCUCGUCAGAGGACGACUCUGCUGCAUGCGAACUCUAA